AUGGCCUCCCGCACCCUCACCACCUUGCGCCCCAUCACGCGCCUCCCCACCAUCCGCACCUUCACCACCUCUCCCAUGCAGCGCAUCAAAGAAGACGCCAACCGCACACCCGAACAAGUCGAAGCAGCCAAGCAAGACCAGUUGCGCGAGCAAAAGGAAGGCAAGGGCCGUUGGCGCGAGGAUCUAGCGAGCCAUGGUGAAAGCAAUAUUGCAGCGGAUAAGCAGAAGGUAGAGGACCAUGGGAAGCAUAUGGAGGAGUUGCAGGAGCAGGGGAAGAGGAAGGGUGAGAAGGGGGAGUUGUAG